AUGAAUAUGGAACAUUAUAAACUAAAAAUUGAUUUUUUAAUGGAAAGUGGACCCGCGCCUUCAAGUAUGGUCUUGGUUCCGCAGCACGCGAGGCGCGACCAGAAACUGUACACCCUGCACAGCAUCACAACUGGGCUAGAGUAUAUUCACAAUUCUGAAACAGUUCAUCGAGAUCUUCAUGGUGGUAAUAUCCUCAUUGUAAGAAAUUUUUCAGUGUUAUGUGACUUAGGAUUGAGUAGAUCUUCAAUCGAAUCAGCGAAAGAUGCACAAGGGGAUAGUGAAAUUUACGGAGUCGUACCAUAUGUCGCUCCAGAAAUUUUUGAAGGAAAAAAAUAUACAAUGGCUUCAGAUGUAUAUAGCUUUGGUAUGAUUAUGUGGGAGUUUAUGAAUGGUAGAAGGCCUUUCUGUGAUAAGAAACAUGAUGCAGAACUUAUUGUUGAAAUUUGUGAUGGUCUUCGUCCUUCAAUUGUCACAAAUGCACCUAUAGGUUAUAUUGAAUUAAUGCGAGAAUGUUGGGACCAUGAUCCACUUAAAAGACCGGUUGCCGCUGAAAUUACUAAAAGAAUAAAUGAUAUGUGGGAAUUUGAACGUAAAGCCGCGACGGAAAUAUAUCGAAAUUGUGAAAUUGGACCGACCAGAUUAAAACACCCAGAAGCAAUCUACACUAGCAGGCUAUUAAGUGGGUUAAUAAAAUCCGCUAUGUUUGUAAUGUCAAUCAAAAGUCUGAAAAAUCAAUCGGUUACUUCUAUUACUUCUAAUAAUAAUGCUUUAGGUAAAUAUUAUAUGUUAAAAGAAAGCCUGAUGAUAAUUUGA